UUACGACCUCACCACCUCCGACUGUCAAAACUGCAAUUGACGGCAGCAUCACGACUCGACAUCCCCGAUUCGCCGUCGAACCACCGCAACCAUGUCUGCGCCGUCUCUCGCCCCCUACAUCAUGAAGCGCCCAUGGCUGCAGCGCUGGAUGAAGCCCCUCUCCAACUGGUACUGCAACGCCGCUGGCUACAGGCAGCUUGGCCUGAGGGCCGAUGACCUGCUCCCUGAGGAGAACGACACCGUCCAGACCGCUCUCAAGCGUCUCCGACCCCAGGAGGCCUACGACCGUGUCUUCCGUCUGCGCAGGGCUUUCCAGCUCUCCAUGUCCCACCAGCUUCUGCCCAAGGAGGAGUGGACCAAGCCCGAGGAGGACGUCCCAUACCUCAGCCCCCUGAUUACCGAUAUCGAGGCCGAGAUGGCCGAGCGUGAGGACUUUGAGACCAUGAUUGUCCAGAAGAGGCAGAGGAACGCCGCCAGUGGUCACUAGAUAUGUGGCAAUGGGUCUGGUAUGACCAUUUUCGGGCUGGAUGGAGCGAGUUUGGGGUUUGUGCAAUAGAGUGUACCAUACCAAUGUCUUUCGUACAGGAAUCAUCUCCAUUGCAUCCGAACCAUUGUUCCCUUUUUUGGUCGUUGGCACGUUGGAAUGAUCAAUAUGAUGCCCACCAAUACUCUGGAUAAAUUUCCGGAGAUG